AUGGCCAACACCCAGAUGCAGGUGGCUCCUGCACCCAACAUCCCAACGGCGACUGCAGAGGACCUGCCCCUGCCACCACCCCCAGCCCUGGAGGAUCUGCCACCACCACCGCCCAAAGAAUCCUUCUCCAAGUUCCACCAGCAGCGCCAAGCUAGCGAGCUCCGCCGCCUCUACAGGCACAUCCACCCUGAGCUCCGCAAGAACCUGGCAGAGGCUGUGGCUGAGGACCUGGCAGAGGUUCUGGGCUCUGAGGAGCCCACCGAGGGUGACGUCCAGUGCAUGCGCUGGAUCUUUGAGAACUGGCGGCUGGAUGCCAUUGGAGACCACGAGAAGCCAGCUGCCAAGGAGCCCGUGGUGAGUGGCAAUGUCCAGGCCACCUCCCGCAAGUUUGAGGAAGGCUCCUUUGCCAACAGCACAGACUGCACGCUGGCCGGACCCCGGCCAUCUGGAGGGGACGUUCGUGCAGCCCGCUGGCUAUUUGAGACAAAGCCACUGGCUGAGCUGACAGGCCAGGCCGAGGCGUCAGAGGCUACAGUGAGGGAGCCCGCAGCCAGUGGGGACGUCCAGGGUACCAGGAUGCUCUUUGAGACACGGCCGCUGGACCGCCUGGGCUCCCGCCCCUCCCUGCAGAAGCAGAGCCCCUUGGAGCUGCACUCAGAAAUCCAAGAGCUGAAGGGUGAUGUGAAGAAGACGGUGAAGCUGUUCCAAACAGAGCCACUGUGCGCCAUCCAGGAUGCAGAAGGCACCAUCCACGAGGUCAAGGCCGCGUGCCGGGAGGAGAUCCAAAGCAACACGGUGCGGUGCGCCCGCUGGCUCUUCGAGACCCAACCCCUAGAGGCCAUCAACCGGGACCCCAGCCAGGUGCGGGUGAUCCGUGGCAUCUCCCUGGAGGAGGGGGCUCGGCCUGACGUCAGCGCCACUCGCUGGAUCUUUGAGACGCAGCCCCUGGAUGCCAUCCGGGAGAUCCUGGUGGAUGAGAAGGACUUCCAGCCGUCCCCGGACCUCCUCCCUUCCGGGCCUGAUGUUCAGCAUCAGCGGCAUCUGUUUGAGACCCGAGCCCUGGACACGCUGAAGGGGGACGAGGAGGCUGGGACAAAGUCCCCACCCAAGGAGGAAGUCAUCCCUGGUGACGUCCGCUCUACUCUGUGGCUGUUUGAGAUGAAACCCCUGGACACGCCCAGAAACCAGGUCCAAGUGGGUCAUCUGCAGCGGGUGGAGUCCCAGGAUGGCAAGGGGCUUACGUGUGAGCCCCUACCCAGAGACAGCUCCUCAGCACUUCCUCAGAGCAUCCCCCAGAGGGACAGGGUGAAGGGGGAUGUGAAGACCUUCAAGAACCUUUUUGAGACCCUUCCCUUGGACAGCAUCGGGCAGGGCAAGCCUCUGGCCCAGGGAACUGAGGCUGCUGGGCAGUCCCAGGACAUAGGGUCCCCGGUGUAUGCCAUGCAGGAUGCCAAGGGCCACCUCCACGCCCUGACCUCUGUCAGCAGAGAGCAGGUAGUUGGAGGUGAUGUGCAGGGCUACAAGUGGAUGUUCGAGACACAGCCCCUAGACCAACUGGGCCGAAGCCCCAGUACUGUUGAUGUGGUGCGGGGCAUUACCCGGCAGGAAGUGGUGGCUGGGGACGUGGGCACUGCUCGGUGGCUCUUUGAGACCCAGCCCCUGGAGGUGAUCCACCAGCGCGAACGGCAGGAACGACAGCAGGAAGAGGGGAAGAGUCAGGGAGGCCCCCAGCCAGAGGCACCCCCGAAGGGCGAUGUGCAGACCAUCCGGUGGUUGUUUGAGACUUGCCCAAUGAGUGAGCUGGCAGAGAAGCAGGGGUCAGAGGUCACAGACCCCACCACCAAGGCCAAAGUCCAGUCCUGCACCUGGAUGUUUGAUCCCCCACCCCUGGACAGGCCAGAGGGUUCCAAGGAGCAGCAUCUGCGGGUUGGCCAGGUGCAGGCUGGGCAAAAGCAGACAGAUGGACAUGUCUUUGAGACUGAGCCUCUGCAGACCGUGGGCCGUCCCUGCGGGAAAGGGCCUGUGCGAUAUUGCAGCCGAGUGGAGAUCCCUUCAGGACAGGUGUCUCGUCAGAAGGAGGUUUUCCAGGCCCUGGAGGCAGGCAAGAGGGAAGACCAGGGGUCCAGGGAAACCCCUGGACCCAUCCCUGGGGGUUCUGUGCACAAGUUCACCUGGCUUUUUGAGAAUUGCCCUAUGGGCUCCCUAGCAGCUGAGAGCAUCCGAGGGGACAACCUCCAGGAAGAGCAGCCUGCGGGCCCCUUGGGCAAUGGGGCGCUAGAGAGGCAGGAGACUGCAGCUCAGGGGACCCUGCAGACACUGUAUGCCACGCCUGGCAUCCUGCACCAUGGAGGCAUCCUCAUGGAGGCCCGAGGGCCCAAGGAGCUCUGCCUUGCCAAGUACAUGCUCCCAGGCCUAGGGCAGGGGCGCCCCCACAUACUGAAGGAGGAGCUGGUGUCUGGAGAGCUUCCCAGGAUCGUCCGCCAAGUGCUACACCGGCCAGAUGUGGAGCAGCAGGGGCUGCUGGUGCGGGAGGACCCGGCAGGCCAGCUCCGGCUCACGACGCUGAGGCUGCUGGCUCCAGGCAGCAGUGGGAGUGUCGCUGACAUGGACCCUGAGCUCCAGCAAUUGCUGGCUUGUGGCCUGGGGGCCUCGGUCACAAGGACUGGGCUGGUAAUGCAGGAGACAGAGCAGGGCCUGGUUGCACUGACCGCCUACUCGCUGCAGCCCUGGCUAGCCAGCAGGGCCCCUGAGAGGAGCAGUGUGCAGCUGUUAGCCAGCUGCAUAGAUAAAGGAGACCUCAACAGCCUGCACAGUCUGCGCUGGGAGCCACCAGCUGACCCAAGUCCAGUGCCAGCCAGCGAGGGGGCACAGAGGCUGCCCCCAACUGAGAACAUCAUCCAUGUCCCCCCACUGGAUCCCAGCAUGGGGAUGGGGCAUCUGCAAGGCCCAGGGGUUACUCCCUGCCCCCCCCAGGCCAUUGGGAAGGCAGUCCCUCUGGCUGGGGAGGCUGCAGCCCUAGCCCACUUGCAGGACAAGGAAAAGCAGCAAGACAGUCAUGCCAGGCAGAAAGGGACGGUAACCUUAGGAAAGUCGGCAGGAGCCACAACUACGCCCCCGGGUCCUGGGGCCCCUGACCUCCAGGCUGCCAUGCAGAGCCUGCGGAUGGCAACAGCUGAAGCCCAAAACCUGCACCAGCAAGUGCUGAACAAGCACAAGCAGGGCCCUGCCCCUGCAGCCACCUCCACGCCCUUCCAGAAGGGUCUUCUGCAAGCACCAGCCAUGGCCACUGGGGCUCCCCAGAGAAACACCAGGCCUGUGGCCAGAAGGGACCCCGGGGUCCCAGCAGCCCCCAGAAAGGUCAGUGGGGAAGAGAAAGCACUGCUCGGAGGGCUGCCUGGGGGGUGGGGGACGAUUCAGGAUGGUGUCUAUGCUGCUCACCCCGUGAGGACCUUUGACCCACUCAGAGGUGUCAAGCCUUCCGAGAGGGAAUCCCCGCCAAGGGGCAGGGAGACUGCCCUCUCGGCCCAGGCUCCCGGCCCACUCCAAGGAGACCCAGGUCAGAGUCUUGGACCAGGGCAGAAGGAGCCUGGGGGCCACACACAGAGGACCUGGGGACCUCUGGGGAAGGCGAUGGCAAAAGUCGAUCCAGGGGACCUUCAGGCUGCAGAGACCACCCUGAAGGCUAACCCUUUAGCCCACCCCACUCUGGCCUCUGGGCCUCGGGCUGCAGGUGCCAGCCUGCCCUCCCAUAAUGCCUCUGUUCCUCCUCCUCCUACUCUCCCAGCUGCUGUGACAGGACCUGACUGCCCAGCCCACGCCAACCAUGAAGAAGACUCCAUCCAGCAGGCCUCCAAGUCCCUUCUCCACUCCCAAAGCUUCCCUGCUGGCCAGAGAACCCUGGGGGCAUCACAGAGAGAGACCCUGAAACUAGAGUCUACCACACCCCCAAGGAAGAAGCCCCAGCUGCCCCCCAAACCUGCACACCUAACACAGAUUCCCCCUCCCCAGAGGCUGCCCAAGCCCUCAGCUCCGUCUCCCAGCUCCUCCUUGCAGGUGGGGCAAGGAGAACACAGAAAAGGCAAGACUGAUACAGCCAUCCAGCAAGUGGCCAAGGUCCCAACCCCUGCAGGCAAGGGGCAUGCACCUCUAGCUGGGUGCCCCACUGGACAGCACCAACCCAGCCCCCAACAUGGCCUCAGCACCAUGGCCCCCAGGCCCACCAAGAGUCAGACAGUAGACAGCAAUGCCCAGGGCUCUGAGCCCUCCAAGCUUGGAGAGCCCAGCAGCAACCCUACUUCACCACAGGAGAUCUCCAGCUCCCCAGGGAAGCAGCCCAAGGAAGAUCCCACACAGAGGGCACUUGGGAGUCCUGAGAUUCUGCAGGGACACCAGCAAGAGCUCCAGGGCCUCCUGAGCCAGGUACAAGCCCUGGAGAAGGAGGCCAUCAGCAGUGUGGAUGUGCGGGCACUGAGGAGGAUCUUUGAGGCUGUGCCCCAGCUGGGAGGGGCUGCCCCUCAGGCUGCUGCUACCCCCUGCAAGUCUGAGGCCUCAGUGGAGCAGGCCUUUGGGGAACUGACACGGGUCAGCACUGAGGUGGCCCGGCUGAAGGAGCAGACCCUGGCCAGGCUGCUGGACAUUGAGGAGGCUGUGCGCAAGGCCCUCAGCUCCAUGUCUAGCCUCCAACAUGAGGCUAAUGCCAGGGGUGGUUCUCAGGGAUCCCCAAAGAACCACAGUGCUCAGAAGGUCGGUAUCACAGACAGCAAUAGAACCAGGCCCAAUUGGUCAGGCCAGGAGGCCAGGGGGCAAACUGGGGUCAAGAGCCAAAUCAAGAUUGGAUGCCAUGCUGAGGUCCAGGGUGGAGCUAAAGUCAGAGGUCAAGCAGCCUCAACUGCCCCUCCUACCAGGAGGCUGGAGACAUUGAGAGAAAAUUCAGGCCUCCCUCGAGACUUGCCUUCCCACAAAGGAUCACCUUCCUCCCCAACCUUCAUCUCCAUUGAGUCAGCCACAAGGAAACCUCCAGAGACUCCCAGUCCCAAAGGCAGUCCUGAUGUGUCAGUGAAAAGUACACACCUGGCCCAGGACAGGGGUCAAACCCUGCUCCAGCAGGAACUUGUCCAGGACAAGGCCAGCAGGAAGGAGGUCCCCCAGUGCUCUGGACAGCCCAGGCUUGCCCCUGCCUCGGCCAGCCCCCUGCCCACAGGGUGGCAGAAAAGUGUUCUGGAGCUGCAGACUGGACCAGAGGGCUCCCAGAGCUACGGAGCCACGAGAACCAUGACUGAGCAAUAUGAGGAGGUGGACCAGUUCGGGAACACAGUCCUCUCGUCCUCCACCACAGUCACUGAGCCAGCAGAGCCGGCCAGGGGCCCGGGCCCCCACCUGGAGCUCCAUAUCUCACCCUUGCUGCGGCAGUUCCUGCACCGGCCAGCAGGGCUCAGCAGUGGCCUGGCGGAAGCCGGGGUGGCGUACGUGCCCCACGGCCACUCCCAGCCAACUGCCCAGUGA